AUGGAAAAGUUAAUAAAACCAUUCAAAAAAUUAACUAAUAUUAAAAAUUUAUUUCGGCGUCGCUCACCGAAAAUUACGUGGGAACAUUCAUGGUCAUCCGAUGAAAUCAAAAAUGCUUUGGAAAACUCUCACUUUCGAGUAUUACCUACUGAAGUGAUAUUACAAAUAUUUAAAUUUCUAAGUGUCCAUGAUUUGGGUAAUGUUUCAUUAGUCUGUCGUAGAUUCAAAAUGGUGGCCGAUCAUGAUGAAAUUUGGAAAUUAAAGUGUCAAUCCUCAACUAAAUUAUAUUCGAAAUCUUUUAAAAAGAUUUACAUGGAUUGGAUCUAUGAGAAAUAUCUGCGUAACAUAGAAAUAGAAAAAGUUGAAGGUUACUACCAUAAAUAUGGAUAUCCUACUUGUUGUAUGUCGCACUUCAGGCCACCUGUACAUCCUGUUCGUUCAAGUGGUGAACAUGAUUUUGUAUCCAUUGGUGGAUUCAAACAGCAUCCAAAUAAAUCACAAAACAUGAUGAUUGAAUUAUCGUUUGACGUGAAUAAAACUGUUCAUGAGCUCAUAUCAUUAUAUAAAAAAAGGUCUAAACUGCAAGCUGAAUGGCGGCAAGCACCAGUUAUUAAGCAAAUGAUAACAAGAUAUUAUCAUUUUAUACAACUUAAAGCUUUAUAUCCGAGUGAUAUUCUACUUAUUCCAACAUUAGAUAUUGAAAUUAUUUGGCAGACACAUCUUCUACGACCAAAAAUGUACCGAGAAGAUUGUAUCAGAUUAUUUCAUCGAGUGAUCGAUCAUUCUUUAUUAGCAAAUGAAAUAGAACAAUUUCUUAAAGAACAAGCUUUCAAUGAAACUUGUAAAUUAUAUGAAGAACGAUUUCAUGAACCAUAUUGUCCAUUACCUGAUCGUAAGAAUAAAAAAGCAGUUGAAGCUAAAUAUUGUCAUCCCACAAUGGGUUCAUUGGAAUGUAUUAUUCCAAUUUAUUCAUAUUGGGAUGAAACUCACGUUACAUUCUCAUCAACCAAUCAUGAUGAUGAUAACCCAUUUUCAUUUACCGAAACUGAUGUCAUUCUUGAUGGAAAUUGGUUUGAUUUAUUGCAACAAUACAUGAAAGAAAUGAUAUCAAAGGUUCAAAUUUAUAGUGAUUAUGAGUUAGGUAAACAUAUUGAUCUUAGUGAAGCAGCAAUCAAACGAUUAAAAAAAUCUUAUGAACGAUUUUUAUAUAUGGCAGCUAAAUAUCCAUCAACAAAUAGAUAUAACUUUGUACAUUCAACAUAUGCAAUUGAUAUUAUCUGGUAUUCACAUAUGCAAGAACCAUUGAAAUAUGCAUCUGAUUGUAUUCGUCUUGUUAAUUAUAUUAUUGAUCAUACACCAUGGAUAUCAGCAGAUGGAAAUAUAACGAAAAGCAUUUGUGAUGAUAUAGCAAAUAUUUGGAAAAAUGAGUUCGAUAAUGAUAUGGAAACUGACCAUUUAUAUAAUACCACUGGAGAUGAUUUCGGUUAUUCAGAUGAUAAUGAUUAG